AUGGAUACCAACAUCGAACGCAACCACCACACCCUCCCUCCUGAGUUCCACUCUUCCUCGCCAUCCAAAUACCCCAUCACUGGAGGAGAGAACACACCCACCAACAAGACAGGGUCCAACUCUCCAUCGCCUUCAUCAAUACCUCUAGGAACCCGACCUCAUCGUAAAGGGCCUACAAAGUACCCAAAGAUUGAAUUGGACCGACUGGACAUUGAGAAGGCGGCUGUUAUCACUUCACUUUCGGGAAAGUCGGAUGUUACUCUUGCACCAUCAUUGUCAGCAACAAUCACCACCGGCGCAACUGUUACCGAUAUUUCGGAGAAGGGCACUCAGGAGCAAUCAGAGCAGUAA